AUGGAAGAUGCAAUUGGUAAAUUUAAGGUGAAUUAUGCUUCUGAUUUAUCUAUUACAGCAAAAGGGUUGCAAACAAAGUUUCAAAGAUUGCCAUCCAUUUGGACGGCUAUUGACCUUUCUAGUAAUCAGUUCUCAGGAGAAAUUUCAAAAAUACUUGGUGAGCUUCAUUUACUUAUUGUCCUAAACCUCUCCCAUAACUGUUUAAUAGGUCCUAUCCCAUCAUCUUUAGGUAAUUUGUCAGAGCUUGAAUCAUUAGAUCUCUCAUCAAACAAGCUGGAAGGAAGAAUUCCAACAGAGUUAAGAAAUCUUGGAUUCUUAGAGGUGUUAAACCUUUCUCAAAAUAAUCUCAAGGGACCCAUUCCUCAAGGCAAACAAUUUGAUACUUUCGCUAAUGAUUCCUACAUGGGAAAUUUGGAUUUAUGUGGUUUGCCAUUAUCAAAAAGCUGUGAUACUGAGGAGGAAACUCCAGCCAUAUUUGAUAGUGAUGGCGAUGGUGAUGGUGAUGAAUUGAAUUGGAAAUUUUCAAUAGUGAUGGGGUAUGGAUGUGGGUUGGUGUUGGGAAUAAGCAUGGCAUACAUUGUAUUCACAACUGGAAAACCAUGGUGGUUGAUUAGGAUCAUCGAGCGGAUUCGACAAAGAUUUGCAAAAAGGUAG